AUGGAAGAGUCACACGAAGAGAUAGACUCCCGCAUUGAGUCUCUUCUCGAUGCACGUCAAAGGUUCACCGACGAACUCAUACAAAGUCCAUACGACUUCAUCUUGCACCUCCAGCGUGCCGUGACCUAUGCCGAUCUGGGCUAUCCGGACCUUGCGGCGGGCGAUGCCUACCGCGCAUUGCUGCUCACCGACGAGGUCAGCAACGAGAGCUUCGAGUACCAUGAGCAAUCAGUUAAGGCUUUGCAGCGAUACAGCAAUCGGCCUUUGCCCCAGGUUAUCGACUACGGCUCCUUAUCCCAGAUGCUCAGCAACCCAGAUGCGUGCGAUGCUGCCAAUCUGGCACCAGUCGGUUCCAUUCGGUGUUUUCAAAUCCUAUCGUUGAGCUUGCUUCUCUGUGGAAGCCUGAAGAGUGCUUAUGGAUUCUGUGAGCGCGGGCUGUCUGCAGCGCCCAACAAUCAAGAGCUCCUAAACGCCCGGGGUUAUAUCCAAACCGUGGCUCAACGGAGGACGCGACAGGAGGUUCUGAACCAUGACGAUCUUCCAGACUGGGGAAUGGUUAGGCGAGAAGUAUACCCUUGGAACCGCCAUGAGCCCGACCGCUUCUCGGAAGAGUCGCUCGAGUUUCUCAACCGGGAGUUAUCCACCAUGGCCCCGAAGUGCGAGGUUCAGGUGGCUGCUCUACCCGUUUUGCUGGAAGAUGCCAGCAACACGGACGACUAUGAUAUAAUCCCCACCUGCAAACAGCUCGGUGUUUUUGCCAAAGAAGAUAUCGCAGCAGGUGAGACUGUGCUCAACGAGUAUUCACUCGUCACCGCCAACAAUCGCCUCAAAGACUCGGUCUGCGAUGCCUGCAGCAGCGAGCUGCCUCCCUUGGGCAACGAGUCUGAGGCCGUAAGUUGUCCAGAGUGUUAUGAUGCUGUUUUCUGCAACCAGUUCUGCUUCGACGAAGCGCAGAAACAGUAUCACCCAGCCGUCUGCGAAAAGGACAUCGAUUCCAUCGCCAAGGAUACAGAUAAGAGUGCGGAUGAGGCGCUCUAUCUGCUGCUUCUCACUCGCGUCCUCGCCAUGGCAACACAUCAAGAAAUCCACCCUCUCGAAGUCAAGCAGAUCAAGUACAUCUGGGGCGAUUUUGUUUCAUCCUUUAUGAACCGCAUAAAUCUGUCAUUGAACGCCGGCCCCCCACCUGCCUGGACAUUACCUUUUUCCUUCACUCACAAUAUCGAAACGCCCUUGCACAUACUUGAGAAGCUGGACAUCGAUAUAUAUGCCACAAUUGAAUCGCAUGACAUAUGGGUGUUCAACACUUUGUACAGCAAAUUCCGUGGUACUGCAUCUGCCCGGAAAGGCCUACGUGAUGGAAGACCUGAGGUUGCCGCAGUGCAUCCUUACUGGUGCCUCGCAAAUCACGACUGCAAUCCCAAUGUCACCUGGGAAUGGGGGGGUAGGAUGGUUUUAAAAGCCGUGGAAAAGCGGAUAGUUGACGACCGACCUGGCGGCAUCUCUCGCGGGGAGGAGAUCCUCAACCAUUACUGUGAUAUCAAUCUCGCCGUACGAGACAGAAGAGAAUGGGCAUCUGGCCCCCUUGGCGGUUGGUGCAUGUGUACCCGGUGUCGUAACGAGGCGAACGAUGAUAUGGUUCGGUGA